AUGUCGAGUGCUUCGCGGUCGUAUCGCGGUGUGUUGUGCUUGUCCAUUGCCGCAGUUCUGUCCUCCGGAGUACUUUUAACCGAAGCAGCCGAGCCUUACUAUGGAAAAUUCAUCGGGUCGUUGAGGACGCAACACCAUGGCGUCACCGGUGACGUCUAUGCUGUCGACUCACGUAACCUACACAUCCGCAACUUCAAUUACGAUGGUGAAGGACCAGCGGCUUAUUUUUACGCUGGUAACUCCAAGGCACCAAGCAGCUCUGGCUUCCAACUGAGGGACGAAAAAGGAAAGUCAGUCCCGUUGAGGAAAUACCGUAAUGAGCAUGUUACGGUGACACUGCCUGACGGCAAAACCCUCAACAACAUCAAAUGGUUCUCCGUCUGGUGCGACGAGUUUGCUGUGAAUUUCGGGGACGUGAAAAUCCCGAAGAACUUCGAGUACCCGAAGCCUCAGAAGAUCGGGCAGCUGAAUGGAAUUCACGGGGUGUCGUCCGACAAUGUCAUCAUUGUCGACGCUCAAACUCUGCUCAUCCAGUCGUUCUCCUAUGACGGAGAGGCCCCAGAUGCGAAAUUCUGGGUGGGCGUGGGCCCGACCCCCAGUCCCCAGGGGAUCCGCGUCCCCGAUGAGAACGGAAAAGAGACGCCCCUGAAGCGAUACAACAGGAAGCACAUCGUCCUCACGCUGCCCAAGGACUUGACCGUCUUCGACAUCGGGCACUUCGGUGUCUGGUGCGAAGCGUUCACCGUUGACUUCGGACACGUCGAGAUCCCCCAGGGCAACCUCAACGUUCCUCCGUCCCUCAAGAUGCUUGGAGUCUCACCUCAGUCAAAGCUAAACUGUGAAGUUUUACACGAUGACCUGGCGUUUGAAGUUAGGUGGGCAGUGGCUGGAGACAGUAUUGUCCUGCAAUUAGUUGCAAAGCUCGAGGAUGGAGAGUACAUGUCUUUCGGACUAUCCGGUGACGACAAAAAGAACAAGAUGAUCGGUGGUGAUGUGGUAGUGGCGUGGAUCAACCACGAAACACUGAGCGGCUUCGCUGUGGACUACUACCUCGAUGAUAAAUCCCAGUGCUCUGGACCCCGCGGAAGCUGCCCGGACGAUAAACUUCAGGAGGGAGCUGAGAGUGUGAGGUUACUGAACGCGGCGCUUGUGAAUGGCUACUCAAUCGUGACUUACCAACGACAACUGAAAGCGCACGAUACGUAUGACAAAUCUAUUUCAACGAACGGAUCUCAGGCUGUCAUCUGGGCGAUCGGACCCCUCAACACACGCCAGGAGGUUUCUUAUCACAGCAUCUUCUCAAAAGGAGACAUAUUGCUCGACUUUGGCCGGUCACCCAAAUGGAACUGUCCGAUACCGGACUCAGAUGUCGACAUGAGCGGUGAGAAAAUGAGCGAGUCCAGCCACACUACUGCACCCUCUCGGAUUCAACAGGAAACGACCAAAUAUUCUGAAACGGUCCCAACUGAGCCGCUUAGGUCUCAAGGCACGACGGCGAAACCCCAAGCUACUCCUGCUCCGGCACCCAAGGGUGAAGUUUGGGACAUUCCCCCCAUUGAAUGCAACGAACCGGAGGACGGCGUCUUUUACGCACAGUUGGGUCCGACUGGUGGUAAACGAGGAUAUCCUGCUAUUACAGGUCACGUUGGAUGGGGCAUCUCCUGGUACAUUAACGGACUUCUCAUCCCUGUAGUCAACGUCGUGCGAGGCAAGACUUACACGUUUGUGGUCGAGGGUGGCUUGGACGCCAACACACCCGCCAAAUAUCAUCCUUUCUACAUCACGGACGAUCCUGUCGGUGGCUACCACUACAAAACUCCGGAAGAAAGAGCGAAAGUGAAGAUUUUUGCCGGAGUCGCCAAGAACCAAAACGGAGAGAUCGAUCCGACCGGCGUCGGGCGCUCCUGCAACUGGACACCUGAUCAAAAUGGACCUACUGCUGACGAGUUCGUUUCUUUCGGAGCAUACCAGAGGACUCUAUCUCUGGUCUGCGACCACGGAGAACCUGGCAUAGUCCAAUGGACCCCAGAUGAGAACACACCGGACACUGUUUACUAUCAGUGCUACACACAUCGGUACUUAGGAUGGAAGAUCAACGUCCUGGACGAGUGCGACAAGGAAUCGCCAGCCGCCGCUGCCAGCGAGCAGGUGACGUCGAAGGUGGCGUUCGACGGGGAAGAAAACAUGAAAGCAGGCAACGACCUCCACGCCGACGAGGAGGAAGGCGACCCGAUCGAGUCACACGCCAGUUACCAAGUCUCCGUCAAGGUGAAACCGGACCAAGUCGGCGGGACUAGCGACAACGAGUUCGUUGACAAGACCUCCUCGAAGGAGUUCGAGGAGAACCUCUCGCUCGUGCCCACGCACGCCAAGGACAACCUCGUCAAGGACGAGAAGAACGAGAUCGUGCCGCCUCCGCAGUCCAGCUACUCCGCCACCGGGUUCCAGUACUUCGACAAUGGCAACAACUACGGCCAAGCCUCUACCAUCUACGGCAAACAAACCGCCGAGUCCGUCAACAGCCCGCAGAACUACGAGAACACCCAAAACGAUUACACUUCGGCCCCAGCAUCUUCCACCUCGACGACUGCGAGCGGCUACAACGGCGACUACCAGGGCAACAACACGAAUAAUCAGUGGAACGUCUACAACGGUGACAUCGACUACGGAAGCGACAGUCAAUCCAACGGUGACAGCUUCAAGGUUAACGUAGGCAGCAGCCAAGGGGUCGACUACACGAGUAAUAAUUGGAACGUCCAUUACGGAUUUGGCUCCGGUUACGGAGGUAGCACCGACAGUCAAAAUAACAGCAACAAUUACAACAGCGGCAAUUAUAACAAUGGCAACGUGAAUUACAACAGCAACUCCAACGCGAAUAACAAUUACAACGGCAAUUCCAACACGAAUAACAAUUACAACGGCAAUUCCAACGCGAAUAACAACUUCAACAAUAAUUACGACGGGAACACGGCCACCAGCAGUUCUACGCAGAAUAAUUACGAGAGCAAACCGGUUGAAAGCACUCAGAGUACAAACACGAACGUUGACAGCGCCAACGCUUACAAGAACUCGCAGAAUAAUUACGCGCCGUCCAGCAACGAUAACGUGUCAAGCGCAAGUGGUAGCGGAAGCUACACGACGAUUAAAGAACAACCGAAACGACCCGAGUACAUCCGACCCGACAGUCAGAGUGAAGAAUCGAUAGAUGUACCAAAUUAUUACAACAAGAACAACAAUAAUGUUCACUACGCAAAUCCACAAUCCCAAAGCUCGGGUAAUCAGGUACAUUCCAGUCCGAGCAGUAGUCCGGCGAAGCCACAGAGUCAAGGGCCACACGCACCCUCGAAUGCCUACGCUCAUGUGACGUUCACCACGGACCAUAAACUGGAGGAUCAUAAGAAAGGACAGGAGUACAACGGCGGUAAUAUCAGAGGCGGUGCGUACAUUCCGAACGGACCGCGGCCCAACAUACCUUUCAAAGGAGCAUACGUGUUGAACCCGAACCAAAGACCGAACAGACCGCCUUCAUACCCGCCAUCGAUGGGCAGGCCCCAGUACCAAAAGAGACCGAGUUACAUCAACGGACAGAACCAACAACGGUUAUCCAACAGGCCACCGAUGGGUGCGAUCGCGGCCGCUCAGAAUCACCCCCGCCCGGUCAUCGUCAAGAAACCUAUCUACCGAGUCCCGCAACAACAGAGACCGACCAACUACGGCCAACCUGGAACAAGACCACCGCAUGUCAAGAGCCAGCCUCCGAAGAUAAUACCAGUCUCGUUCCCGGCCGUUAAGUACAACCCGCGAACAACGCCCAAUGUCCAAGCUGUCACGGAGAAGAUCAAAAACAUCCCCCUCGGGAAACCGACCAACGCGGUUCCGCCAGUCGCGAAACCGAUCAUCCCUUCGAUCAACCCGCAGCACUUCCAGAAAGAACCCCACGGAAAUACGAAAUUAAACUUGGCCGUGAACACGGGUUUCAAUCCUGGAUCUGUAGUGAUAGAGAGCGGGUUCAGGCCCAUCGUCCAAAAUCAAGACCAACAAGUGCCGGAGAAAGACAGGGCUCAAGAGCGAAUGGCCGAGGGUCUGGGGGACUUCAUUGAUGAUAACGAAAGCGACCAAGGUAACAAGUACUUGAAGGAAGAUGGAAACAUAGGAACCAUUCAACUGCCCGAGGAGUCUAGACCCGGCCCGAAUAAAUCGACUGAUAAUCAGACGAAGGCCUCCGAAGAAGAGAAAAAGAACCCGUUCGAAGGUCAGAACCCUGUUUCGUUCGAACCGAUGUUCAUACCCUCGCCGUUGGAUAGUAUCACGCAACAGAAGUACAGCUACAAGAAACCGACGGAAAUGGUCGCUUUCCAGAAGAAGCCUUACUUGAGGAAACCGAUCCGGCAAAGCAUGGUUGUCGUCCGACCUCAGCCGAUGAUGAAGAGAGUGCCCGUGAUUAAAGUUCCCAUCUUCUACGAAAAAGACGUCGCCCCUCCUGUUCAGCCUUUACCCCACGUCCACGUGCACGAAGAACCAGAGGAUGAGAUGGAGCCCGAAGAGGAGGAGGAUGAAGACGAAGAUGAGGAGAUGGUCGAACCCGCUGAGAGGUUGGACACGUAUUAUCUUCCUCCCUCGGGGCCGAUUUACGGAGUGCCUAAAAACGGACAGGUUAUCGUUCCCGGGGCCUCCAACGGCUUAAUCACGACUAUCGUUAGCUACGACGGCAAGCCUGUCCGAAAUGUACAGGUCGCGCCGGCGCCUGCGAAGAGGAUGCCAGGCAACCUGAUGCUCAAGGUCCCAAUCCUGGGAGCUUCCGACAACCAAAUGACUUUACCAAAAAUCUACGCCGUUCAGUUAGGCAACCAGGCUCCACAAAUACUACCUCAACCUGUCGAGCCCCAGGCUUUGGCGCUGGCGGCCGAGAGUGCUAACCAGUACGAAGUCGAGGAAAACUCGAAAGAGGACACGAGGAAAUCCUCAGACGCCUCGACGGAGACGAGUAAACCUACGACUGACGCCAAAACAAGAGCUGAUAGGAAAGAGGAAGCGUCGGAACCGGUGACCGAGGUCAAAACGAACUCCGAGGGGGUUCAAUUCCUGAACGUUGGUACGAGCGUUGGUAUGAAAGUCUCCGAUGAGAUGCAGGGACGCAGUCAUGACGUCAAACCUGUCUCGGAAGCGUCCGUGCCUGAGGAUUCGCGGAGCACGACGCGGAGUGGUAGGAGCCUCGACACCGAAAAUUCUAGUCCUAAAUCUGAAGAAUCCGGCACCGAGCCCUCAAGAUCCGCUCAAAAGCGGAGUAGGAGAUCGCCGCACCACCAUCCGGACCAUCAUGGAGAUGGCCAUGAUCACGAGGCCCACGAGGCUGCAUCCAACCCACCGACGAGCGACGCCUCUAGACUCGCGAAUUCCUUCUUGUUCAUCUCCCUGCCUUUAUUUAUUGUAAUUUAUAAAUUUUAGUUUGAUUAGUGGAUUUUUAUAAAAAAAAUUGUGAUAAGAAUACAAAAAAAAUUUAAAAUGGGAA